AUGAAUGGCGGACACAAGAUAACAGGGGGUCUUGCAGAAGAGGCUUGUCCUCCAGUGGAUUCCUCGACUUUGCAAAGCUACGCGAGUCACUUGCAGGUGACGACGGACCACUACAAGAAAUGGACGGACAAAGCUCCAUAUUUGGUUGUGGUCAAGCGUUUUGCUGAAGGCAAAUACAACAUCUCGAAAGUCGUGGAACGUUACCAAGAAGUCUGCAAAGGAGCCACAGAUCGCACGACCUCCACGUCCGUCGUCUGGGUGCGGGAGCUCGCCCGUGAGUCUCGUCAAGACCCUGAGGGCGAGGAUGAGCUCGAGCGGGCGUUUCAGGUGUCCCCAAAGGCCAUCAUCGCUGCACCAUGUCAAGUGGAGUUGGCGAUCGCAUGUCAGCAGGACCACCCAGACUCGAGACUCAAUAAUGUGGACGACUUGGCCAUCAAGCAGAGGAAGCCAAUCACCCUCAAGCAAGUCGAGGCUGAUCAGAUUGACAUCUACUCACAAGAAGUGCGGAGCCCCAGACUGCCUUCUGUUGGAUCCUUCCCUAGCCUCCGAUUGUGGCAGGGUGGAGCAUGGCAACGCGUCGAAGGCGCAUCAACCUCACUGCGCCAGGACACCAGCGAGCCCAACCCUCGGCUCCGUUAUCGGCCAUUUGACUUCCACGUGACGGCAUCACUGCUAGGCUAG